CUAUUUACAAAGUGGGUUGAAUGAUGAUUACCGAUACAAAAAACAUGGCUAGUGAAUCAGUGAAACUGAUUGAAGAAGAUGUCGAAGGUGGUGGAAAGGAGCAAGACAUGAAUGAAAUUAAUUAUAUUAACAUACGAUUAGGUUUUCUUCGAAAGGUAUAUGGCUUGUUAAGUCUUCAACUUUUGAUAACUGUAAUGGUAUCUACAGUAUUUAUGGCAUUUCAACCCCUUAAGACUUUUCUACAAGAAAAUCCUUGGACGAUAAUGUUGUCGUUUAUCAUGACUAUGGGAACUUUAAUCGCACUGUACAUAAAAAGGAGAGAACAUCCAGCGAACUUGAUGCUAUUGACUUUAUUCACAUUGUCGAAAGCUUACACAGUUGCAAUACUGGUGUCGAUGUACGAAGUCACUACAGUUCUGCAGGCACUCUUUUUAACAUUAACAGUUGUGGUAGGACUGACGAUCUACGCGUUUCAGGGCAAGCGACAGCCAUCGAUCUCAAUUUCCGGGUUGUUCAUUGGCCUUUGGAUCUUAUUGCUCGGUGGUUUCAUGCAAAUAUUUCUACAAAAUAGCCUACUAGAAUUGACACUGGGCAUCACCGGGGCGAUAUUAAUGUCCAUGUUUAUAAUAUUCGACACUCGUUUGAUGAUGCAUACACUCUCCCCGGAAGAGUACAUAUUGGCUACUAUUAAUAUUUAUCUCGACAUAAUUAAUUUGUUCAUGUACGUUCUAAGAAUUCUAUCGGAGACGUCGCAAUAGGCUACAAAUUCGUGUAUUCUUGUUUCAAUUGGUAUAAGUUACUUCAAUUUUUUAAAUAAAUAAUUUUCAAUACAAAUUCUGGGUACAUCUAAGUUUCGAACGUCUAACAUUGUGAAUAGUAUUAACUAUUAAAA